GGCCACAGCGGCUCUGUCUCCUGCCUGGACUUCAGCAGCAGCGGCAAGUACCUGGCGUCAUGCGCUGACGACCGCACGGUCCGACUGUGGAGCACCCGGGACUUCACGGCGCGCGAACACCGCUGUCUGCGUGCCAACGUGGGGCUGGACCAUGCCGAGCUUGUCCGCCUCAGCCCCGAUUCACGGGCAUUCAUUGUUUGGCUGGCGAAUGGUGAGACUAUUCGUGUCUAUAAAAUGACUCAGAAGGAUGAUGGCAGCUUCACCUUCACUGCAACUUCUGGGGACUUCCCAAAGAAGCAUAAGGCUCCUGUCAUUAACAUAGGAAUUGCAGAGACAGGAAAGUUUAUCAUGACAGCUUCCAGUGACACUACUAUCCUGAUAUGGAGCCCAAAGGGUGAAGUCCUGGCCAGCAUUAACACUAACCAGAUGAACAAUGCCUAUGCUACGGUGUCGCCCUGCGGAAGGUUUGUGGCAUCCUGUGGCUUUACCCCUGAUGUAAAGGUGUGGGAGGUGUGUUUUAGCAAGAAUGGAGGCUUCCGGGAGGUGGCCAGGGCUUUUGAGUUGAAAGGCCACGCUGCUGGUGUGCAUUCCUUCUCCUUCUCUAACGACUCAAGGAGGAUGGCGACUGUUUCGAAGGACGGGACAUGGAAGUUCUGGGACACAGAUGUGGAAUAUAAGAAGCAACAGGAUCCAUACCUGCUUCUGACAGGGAAGUGCAAGGUGACAGAGCCUUGUCACAUAGCCCUGUCCCCCGAUGCUCAUGUUGUUGCCAUCUCUAGUGGCACAGACAUUGUUGUGUACAACACGAGAAGAGGAGAGGAGGAGGAGCGCUUUCUCGGUGUGCAUGGACAGUGCAUAACAGACUUGGCUUUUGAUACCAACAGCCGCUACCUGGUGUCGUGUGGGGACCGGGCCAUCCGUGUCUUCCACAACACUGCCGGUCACAGGGCAGUGGUGGAGGAGAUGGAGACCAUGCUGAAAAAAACUGCGAACAAAGCCACCCGAGAGAGGCUGGAGCAGCAGAUCUCCAGUGCCCGCAAAGCACUGGCCGCAAUCUACGGCAAGAAGAGCUAA